UUAUAGGGAUAGAGUUGUUGUCAAUUUUUGGCGCAUUUUUGAACGUUCGCACCGGAUGAUGUUUUUAUUUAAUCACAGAAUAAUUAAAGAUAAAAUAUGAAAAAAGAAGUGAUAGUUAUUACUAAACAACAGCAAUAUGAACAUGAUAAAUAUCUUGAUAUGCUGUCUCUCUACUACAAACAUCUCUUUCCUGCAGAAUAUAUCCAUAAAUGGUUAAGUCACAACAACUCAGAUCAUAGUGUCUUCGGCAGAAGGCAUUUUGCACUGGUCACUAUAGAUGCUCACAAGAACGAAACAUAUGAGAGGAAUAUCUCCCUAAAAUCACUAGAAAUGCUCAGACGUUAUCUACAAUUUCGACUACCACAUAGAAUAGAAAUUGGGGCUAUUAUGAACAAGAGGCCCCUGAGUGCACAAUUUAGUAAACCUCUCUGUGCAGUAGAAAAGGAGUUGGUAUUUGAUAUUGAUGCCUCUGACUAUGAUGAAGUGAGAACUUGUUGCUCCGGUAAGAAGAUCUGCCACAAAUGCUGGAAAUUCAUGAUAGUGGCAUCCAAAAUCUUAAGGAUAGUACUGAAUGAAGAUUUUGGCUUUGAACACACACUGUGGGUCUUUAGUGGACGCAGAGGAAUCCAUUGCUGGGUGUGUGAUAGUAACGCUCGUGUAUUGACCAAAGACAUCAGGGAAGCUCUUGUAAAUUAUUUCUGCUUGCCUCUGCGCCUUUUCAAGCACAAUGAUCACCUUCCAAUUAAAUGGAGCCACCCCUUAAUUCAGCGAGCACUUAAGAUUAUAAAAAUAAUGUUUGACGAGAUCUGCCUGGAAGAUCAAAAUAUUUUUUCAGACUGGAAAAAUGUUGAGAAAUUUCUCAUUGCUGAAAUCCAAGAUCAGAAAAAUAGAGAAAAUCUGAGGGAACUACUUGGGAAUGUGAUGGAUUGUGGAUCAUUUAUUAUUUGGAGUGCUUUUUGUGCCUAUGUGGAAUCUCAAGAAAAGCAACUCAAUGGAGAUAUUAAUCUCAUAGAAUCAGUUCAAAUAUGCCUGCUCUACCCUAGAUUGGAUGUAAAUGUCACCAAAGGAAUAGAACAUCUUCUCAAAGCUCCUUUUAAUGUCCAUCCAGAUACACAUAAAAUAUGCAUUCCCUUCGAUCCUGACCAAAUUGAGGUUUUCGACGUUAAUACAGUGCCAACACUUCCGCUAGAAAAUCACAGUGAAUCAUCUGAAAAUUUUGUAGAACACCAUGAUCAUGGAAGUAUGUCAAAAGUACCAGGAAUUAUUGGAUGGAUUAUGCUUAACUUUGCUGAAAUGAUCAUCUUUUGCUUUGUGUGUCACCAAUUGAAGGAGGAAGGACAACUUGUGGGACGUUAUUUGCAUACAUAUCGUGUAGAGAAUUGCAAUAAUGUAGAUGUAGCGACGGCAAUUGAUACCUUCUCUUCUCAAAUAAUACAUCAAAAAAUUGAAAUUACACCUUGUGGAUUUUUCACAGCUGACCUUACCUUUAUUUUUUCGUUGAUUGCCACAGUGACCACAUAUAUCAUGAUCCUCAUUCAAUUUGAUAUAUCACAGAAACAAUGAAGAUAACAUCAGACAGAAGAAAUUAUUACAAA